UCCCGAUGCCGCCCUCGCCCAAGCCUGUCAACAUGGAGGCUGCCAAGAAGAAGGCCCUCCAGCAGUACAAGAACGACGACGGCCACUUCUCCCUCGUCCGCAACUUUCGCCUCGCCGACCUCAUCACCAUCAUGAACGGCGUCUGCGGCACCCUCUCCAUCCUCACCUCUGCCCGUUUCCUCCUCCUCACCUCCAAUCUCCCCGGCCCCCCUUCCUCCUCCGCCCUCAACACUCUCUACUUUGCCCACCUCCUCCCCAUCCUCGGCUUUGGCUUUGACGCUCUAGACGGCAAGGUCGCAAGAUGGAUGGGCGGGGGAAGCAUGUUGGGCCAAGAGAUGGACUCUCUGGCGGACCUGGUCAGUUUUGGCGUCGCGCCUGCCGUGUUGGCGUUCACCCUCGGGUUGCGCACGCCGCUCGACCUCGCCGCGCUCCUCAUGUUUGUCUCCUGCGGCCUCGCCCGUCUCGCCCGCUUCAACGCCACCGUCGCUCUCAUCCCCUCUGACGCCUCCGGCAAAUCGAAAUACUUUGAAGGACUGCCCAUCCCCUCUUCCCUCGGCCUGACGAGCUUGAUGGCUUAUUGGGUCAAGCAGGGAUGGUUCGAGACUGGUUUGAAGGGGGCGGGACUGCCGUUGGGUGUUGUGAGGCUUUGGGGGGAGGAAGGGGGGUGGGGAGAGGUGCAUCUUGUGGCGGGGGUGUUUGCGAUUUGGGGUGCGACGAUGGUCAGCAAGACUCUCCGCGUACGUCCCUCCUCUUCCCCUCUUCUUUCACUAACCCCCAUGCAGGUUCCCAAACUAUAA